UCUCUGGGCGUGCCCAAUUUUUUUCUCCGAAACGGCGUGUCCUCAACAGGUAGUCAGGCAUCACGAGUAGCACGAGCGUUACUGCCCAGGUUGUCGUCAGUCGCCGGCGACUUGUGCCCAGCCUUUGUUUUCUCCGGCCACAACCGCAAGCACAGAGAGGGCCCGGAGAAGAUGCAUCUGAGCGCGAACGAGGGGAUCGAGGGCGUGCGGUUUGUGGUGACCGGCGGGCAGGGCUUCGUCGGCGCCGCCCUCUGCCUCGAGCUGCUCCGCCGCGGCGCCCGGGAGGUCCGUUCCCUCGACCUCCGCGCCGCCUCCCCCUGGUCCCAGCAGCUCCUCGACGCCGGCGUCCGCAUCAUCCAAGGGGACAUUAGAAAGAAGGACGAUGUGGGGAGGGCUUUACGCGGAGUGGACUGUGUUUUCCACCUUGCUUCUUAUGGCAUGUCCGGAAAGGAAAUGGUGCAGGCUGGUAGAGCAGAUGAGGUUAAUAUAAACGGGACCUGCAAUGUACUUGACGCUUGCCAUGAACAUUGUGUCAGAAGGCUUGUGUAUGUAAGCACGUACAAUGUGGUGUUUGGAGGAAAGCCGAUUGUCAAUGGAAAUGAGGCGUCGCCUUAUUUUCCAAUUGAAGACCAUGUUGAUGCUUAUGGGCGCAGCAAAUCAGUUGCUGAACAGUUGGUGCUGAAGAGUAAUGGGCGGCCAGCUAAGAGUGAUAAAAGUACUCGUCUUUAUACAUGUGCAAUUCGCCCUGCUGCUAUAUAUGGGCCAGGUGAAGAGCGUCAUCUUCCGAGAAUCCUGUCCCUUGCAAAGUUGGGAUUAGCAUUCUUCAGGAUUGGGGGCCCAGAUGUCAAGACAGAUUGGGUUUAUAUAGAUAAUCUAGUUCUUGCUCUGAUAUUGGCAAGCAUGGGACUUUUAGAUGACAUUCCUGACAGGAAGGGAACCCCUGUAGCAGCUGGUCAGGCAUAUUUCAUCUGUGAUGGAUCACCAUGCAACACUUUUGAAUUUAUCAUCAGCCCCCUAUUUCGAAGUUUGGGUUAUGCAGUUCCUCGAGUGACGCUGGAUACGUCUGUCGCCCUUGCCAUUUCAAGAAUAUUUUUAUUCAUGUCUACGCUGUUCUAUCCAUGGCUUGAUAGCAAAUGGAUACCUGAGCCUCUAAUUCUUCCUGCUGAAGUAUAUAAGGUUGGUGUUACACACUACUUUUCGUUCUUGAAAGCUAGAAAUGAACUCGGCUAUGUACCUAUGGUGAGCCCUCAGGAAGGCCUGGCUGCAACUAUCUCGUAUUGGCAGGAGCAGAAGAGAAGGGAACUAGAUGGCCCGACUAUAUUCACUUGGUUAGCUGUUACAAUUGGGAUGCUGGCUACAUUCUCUGCUGCUUGCCUUCCACCCGUCGGCCCGUUGAAAUGGGUGCUUGACAUCCAUUUAUUUUUUUUUCGCUCACUGUUGGUGAUUCAGCUAGUCUUUGCAGCAGCAGUUGCAGCGCAUGUUGGCGAAGCCGUUUAUGCCUGGUUCUUGGCGAAAAAGGUCGAUCCAAGGAAUGCUGCAGGGUGGUUUUGGCAAACCUUUGCUCUAGGGUUCUUUUCUCUGCGGUAUCUGCUCAAGAGAGCAAGAGGGUAAAUUGUUUCGCAUACACGUUGUAUUUGUAACUCUGUAACAGUGAUUUCCAGCUUCAUGCUUGUUAUUGAGAUGUACCCCAAAUGGUUCUUUACUGCUUUUGAAAGUUUCCCAUUCUGAGACC